AUGGCCCGCGAGCCCGAGGAGGAGGAGACGGCGGGGGCGGCUGCUCUGGCCCGAGGCUGCCGGGGCUCAUCCAGCCCGGCUGGGGCCCGGGUGCGGCGGCCGCCCCUCUGGCUGCUUUGCUUGGGCGCGUGCUGGCUGCUGGGCGCCGUGGCCGACGCCGACUUCUCCAUCCUGGACGAGGCGCAAGUGCUGGCGAGCCAGAUGCGGAGGCUGGCGGCCGAGGAACUGGGGGUCGUCACUAUGCAGCGGAUAUUCAACUCCUUUGUUUACACGGAGAAGAUCUCAAAUGGAGAAAGUGAAGUACAGCAGCUAGCCAAAAAAAUCCGAGAGAAGUUCAACCGUUACUUGGAUGUGGUCAACCGGAACAAGCAGGUUGUAGAAGCUUCCUAUACGGCUCACCUGACCUCUCCUCUAACUGCAAUUCAAGACUGCUGUACUAUCCCACCUUCCAUGAUGGAAUUUGAUGGGAACUUUAAUACCAAUGUAUCUAGAACAAUUAGUUGCGAUCGACUUUCUACCACUGUUAAUAGCCGGGCCUUCAAUCCAGGACGAGAUUUAAAUUCAGUUCUUGCAGACAACCUGAAAUCCAACCCUGGAAUUAAGUGGCAGUAUUUCAGCUCGGAAGAAGGGAUUUUCACCGUUUUCCCAGCACACAAGUUCCGGUGUAAGGGCAGCUAUGAGCAUCGUAGUAGACCUAUCUACGUCUCCACGGUCCGGCCGCAGUCCAAGCACAUAGUAGUGAUCCUGGACCACGGGGCCUCUGUCACGGACACCCAGCUUCAGAUCGCCAAGGACGCUGCCCGGGUCAUCCUCAGUGCCAUCGACGAGCACGACAAGAUCUCCGUGCUGACGGUGGCAGACACAGUCAGGACAUGCUCACUUGACCAGUGCUAUAAGACGUUCCUGUCUCCAGCCACCAGUGAGACAAAAAGGAAGAUGUCCACCUUCGUUAGCGGUGUCAAGUCUCUGGACAGCCCUACCCAGCAUGCGGUGGGAUUUCAAAAGGCAUUUCAGCUGAUUCGAAGCACAAACAAUAACACGAAGUUCCAAGCGAAUACAGACAUGGUCAUAAUUUACCUGUCAGCUGGCAUUACAUCAAAGGACUCCUCGGAGGAAGAUAAAAAGGCGACGCUCCGUGUCAUCAAUGAAGAAAAUAGCUUUCUAAACAACUCCGUAAUGAUUCUCACCUAUGCCCUCAUGAAUGAUGGGGUGACUGGCUUGAAAGAGCUGGCUUUUCUGAGAGAUCUGGCUGAACAGAACUCAGGGAAGUACGGUGUGCUGGAUCGGACAGCCUUGCCUGUGAUUAAGGGAAGCAUGAUGGUGCUGAACCAGCUGAGUAACCUGGAGACCACGGUCGGCAGGUUCUAUACCAACCUUCCCAACCGGAUGAUCGAUGAAGCGGUCUUUAGCCUUCCCUUCUCUGAUGAGAUGGGAGAUGGUUUGAUAAUGACUGUAAGUAAACCCUGUUAUUUUGGAAACCUACUUCUGGGAAUUGUAGGCGUGGACGUGAACUUGGCUUACAUCCUUGAAGAUGUGACGUAUUACCAAGAUUCUUUGGCUUCCUAUACUUUUCUCAUAGAUGACAAAGGGUAUACACUUAUGCACCCAUCUCUUACCAGGCCAUAUUUACUAUCAGAACCCCCACUUCAUACUGACAUCAUUCAUUAUGAAAAUAUACCAAAAUUUGAGUUGGUUCGGCAAAAUAUCCUAAGCCUCCCUCUGGGCAGUCAGAUCAUCACAGUCCCUGUGAACUCAUCCCUGUCUUGGCAUAUAAACAAGCUUCGAGCCCCUGGAAAGGAGGCCUACAAUGUGAGCUAUGCCUGGAAGAUGGUACAGGACACUUCCUUUAUUCUCUGUAUUGUGGUGAUACAACCGGAAAUACCUGUCAAACAACUGAAGAACCUCAACACUGUCCCCAGCAGCAAGCUGCUGUACCACCGGCUGGACCUCCUGGGCCAACCUAGUGCUUGCCUUCACUUCAAACAGCUGGCCACUCUAGAAAGUCCAACCGUCAUGCUGUCCGCCGGCAGCUUUUCCUCUCCCUACGAACACCUCAGCCAGCCGGAGACAAAGCGCAUGGUGGAGCACUACACGGCCUAUCUUAGCGACAACACCCGUCUCAUUGCUAACCCAGGGCUCAAAUUCUCUGUCAGGAAUGAAGUAAUGGCCACCAGCCACGUCACAGAUGAAUGGAUGACACAGAUGGAAAUGAGUAGCCUGAACACAUACAUUGUCCGCCGUUACAUAGCAACGCCCAAUGGCGUCCUUAGAAUUUAUCCUGGUUCCCUCAUGGACAAAGCAUUUGAUCCCACAAGGAGACAAUGGUAUCUCCAUGCAGUAGCUAAUCCAGGUUUGAUUUCUCUGACUGGCCCUUACUUAGAUGUUGGAGGAGCUGGCUAUGUGGUAACCAUCAGUCACACAAUCCAUUCAUCCAGUACUCAGCUAUCUUCCGGGCAUACUGUGGCUGUGAUGGGCAUCGACUUCACACUUAGAUACUUCUACAAGGUUCUUAUGGACUUACUACCAGUGUGUAACCAAGAUGGUGGCAACAAAAUACGGUGCUUUAUAAUGGAGGACCGGGGUUAUCUGGUGGCACAUCCAACCCUCAUUGAUCCCAAAGGACACGCCCCUGUGGAACAACAGCAUAUUACCCACAAGGAGCCCUUGGUAGCAAACGACAUCCUGAACCACCCCAACUUUGUAAAGAAAAACCUGUGCAACAGCUUCAGUGACAGAACAGUCCAGAGGUUUUAUAAAUUCAACACGAGCCUUGUGGGAGAUUUGACAAACCUCGUGCAUGGCAGCCACUGUUCGAAGUACAGACUGGCAAGGAUCCCAGGAACCAAUGCGUUCGUUGGCAUCGUCAAUGAAACGUGCGACUCCCUCGCCUUCUGUGCUUGUAGCAUGGUGGAUCGGCUCUGUCUCAACUGUCACCGAAUGGAACAAAAUGAAUGUGAAUGUCCCUGUGAGUGCCCUCUAGAGGUCAAUGAGUGCACCGGCAACCUCACCAAUGCAGAGAACCGAAAUCCAAGCUGCGAGGUCCACCAGGAGCCAGUGAUGUACACAGCUCUUGACCCUGGCCUGCAGGAUGCCCUUCACCAGUGUGUCAACAGCAGGUGCAGCCAGAGGAUGGAGAGUGGGGACUGCUUUGGUGUGCUGGACUGUGAGUGGUGCAUGGUGGACAGCGAUGGAAAGACCCACCUGGACAAAUCCUACUGUGCGCCCCAGAAAGAAUGCUUUGGGGGAAUCGUGGGAGCCAAGAGUCCUUAUGUGGAUGACAUGGGAGCGAUAGGUGACGAGGUGGUGACACUGAACAUGAUCAAAAGUGCCCCCGUGGGUCCCGUGGCUGGAGGCAUCAUGGGCUGCAUCAUGGUCCUGGUCCUGGCUGUGUACGCCUACCGCCAUCAGAUUCAUCGCCGGAGUCACCAGCACAUGUCUCCCCUGGCUGCCCAAGAAAUGUCAGUGCGUAUGUCCAACCUGGAGAAUGACAGAGAUGAAAGGGACGAUGACAGCCACGAGGACAGAGGCAUCAUCAGCAAUACUCGGUUCAUAGCUGCCGUCAUCGAACGACACGCACACAGCCCAGAACGGAGGCGUCGCUACUGGGGUCGAUCAGGAACAGAAAGCGAUCAUGGUUACAGUACCAUGAGCCCGCAGGAAGACAGUGAGAAUCCCCCGUGCAACAAUGACCCCUUGUCAGCCGGGGUCGACGUGGGAAACCACGAUGAGGACUUGGAUCUGGACACCCCGCCUCAGACCGCCGCCCUCCUAAGUCACAAGUUUUCCCACCCCCGCCCCCACCACCCCACGCUACACCACAGCCACCACUUACAGGCGGCCGUGACAGUACACACUGUCGACGCGGAAUGCUAACGCUCCCCUCACCGCCUCGGGAGGACGGGAUCUGGGAGGGACAGAAUGUUCUGGAGGGGGAAAAGAGCCAGCAUCAGAGACUCCAUCGCAAGAGACCCCCUGUGUGUGUGUGUGUGUGUGUGUGUGUGUGUGUGUGUGCACUUCGUCCAGAGUGAUUGAACUCCUUUCCUGCCCGUUCACAUGUUUCAAGAGGAGAGACCACAGCAGACUCACACUCAUGAAAAUGCAAGUCUGGCUCCGAAACGGAGGGGAAGGAAGCCUGAUUAAUGAGCCUGCCAUCGUACUAAGGGAGUGGAACAGAAGGCAGACCUCCAAACAGAGACAAAACCCAUAAAUGAAACAUGGGGAACCUUCGUUAAGCUGAGCCAGAGGAAUGUUCCAAGGAGCCAGAAACAUUCGGCUCUCCUUAACUGGAAGAGAGAGAAGCAUGCCCGGCCGGCGACUGAGAGCGUGGCAUACCCAGGGAGGAGUGUGUGCUUUGAAGAUGUCGCUUGGUUUCGCAGCGGUACCUAGUGGUACCGGGAUACCACAGUCGCUCUCGGAAAUUCCUGGUGAGCUCUAAUGAUGCAUCUCAAAAUUUCUAAGUAAAGGAUUAUUUUUCUACUAUUUAUUGAACUUUCAAACAUUCUCAAACUUCGGGGGAAAGAAAAGGAGACACAGGAGAAAUGUUCAGCAGUCAUCCUUAGCUGUUUUGUGUGUGAUGAAGUGCUUCUUUGACUAAGGAGUUCUGUUAGGCAACAGAUACCGUCCCACUGCCCCAGGCCGCGAAAUGGGAAAAUGAAGAAAUCUUUCUCUCCGACCUGUUUACGUACAUUUUCUUUGGAACGUCGUUUUACGGAAACACAUCUUUAUUUGCGAUACAGUAUUCUUUCUCUGUGUUUGACAGAGGUGGAGAGGACAGAGGAAUCCAAAAUGUCUUUAAAGAAAUUCUAAUGUUUCUCUUUAACUCCUUUCCGCUCCCCAUACAGCGCUUUUCUUAGAUUUCUACAAAACCUAAUGUUACAACCCCAGCCUUUCAGCUAAGGGAGGGAUGGAUUUCUUCUCCUUGGGUUAGAGACUAUCAAUUUUUAAAUGUCCCAUUUUGAUUGUGAGAAUAGUGAGUACGUAAGGGAAGAUGUUUUUAAGAUUCACGAUUGGUUCUUAAUUAAAGAUUUCUUCUGAUAUCCUUGUUCAAAGCUGCUGCCAGUUAUCCAAGAAGUUACCCACCAAACCGCUUUGUCAUGUAUACAGAGAUUCAUAAAAUCUGGCUAAUAUGACAUGGGGCAUUGUAAUUUUAAAGUAGUGUUCUAAUUACAGUGAUGUAUUUUAGAUUCACAUUUUGUGAUUCAACUAUGUUAUAAAGACAUUCUUGCACCGUGUGUGUGGUAAAUCUCCGUUUAUAUGUAGUUGGAAAAAAAAUUCACUGAAUAAUGUUUUAAUGGUAGGGUAUUAACGAUAUAAUGUAAAAAAACAAUUGGUUCUUCAGCAGUACGGAAAGUAAACUAUAUGCGUGCUAUCAGGAAACCCCUUCAUACUGUGUAUAAAUUUUCAGUCUAGUGAAAUAAACUGUAUGAAUGGACGGUUUUAGUGUUUAUAGUGAUUUGUUAAUGUCCCCCUUCUCGUGCCUCAAGGUAAAUUAUUUUCACUUUGUAACCUAGCAGAUCAGUCACCAAACUGAAAGUGAGCCUCCCCUCGAUGCUGCCGUCAACUUCAGGGAUUUCUUGACAUCUUGAA